CAGUGGCAAAUCGGUAAUCCGUUCUCGCGCCGUUCCGCCAUCAACUCUUCUCUUCGCGACUUCGGGAACUUGCGUGCGCUGUUGUGUGUGUGUUACCAGAACCGACUCGUGUGUUACCAGAACCGUUUCGAGACUCAGGUCAGGCGAGGGCGUUGUGCGUGCUGCAAUCAAAUAUUUACUGUUCGUCGUCCGCCACCUAUCAAUUCUUACAAUCUGUAUACACGCCACAGCAGCAGCAGCAGCAGCCCUAAUUCUACCCUGGCCUGCACGGCCAGAAGGGUUCGACGUUGGUGCGUCCCGCACACCCUGGUCACUCACGCAUAGUGAUACAGCCGCGUGCAUUCGUGGCCGCCCUGCGUUCACACCAUGAAAUGAUGCUGAGGCGCAGCUUCCGUGUGUGCGAAUCAUCGCGAUCCUAGAAGUGAAUGCCAACAGUGCUCAGUUUAGUAGGUUUGCGACGCAUUCGAAGUGAACUGCCACCGAGCGUUGUGCUGUGUUUUAAGGUGUGUUUUGGGAGGUUUUUGGGUGCGGCCGUAGUGUGAAAAUACCCCGAGCCCUUGGUAACGAACCAGUAAGCAGCAGAGCCAUAGCUGUCCUCCUACAAUGGCAAACACUCCCGACGGGGACCGAGAGACCGGUGAAGGUGGCGAAGGGGCAAGUGGUACCAGCAGCCCGAACUGCAGUGCCAAUGGAUCCCAUCCACCUGGCACCCAACUGCCGUCCAGUCUUACCUCCUCAUUCGCCUCAUCGCUGUCGGUGUCUUCGGCGGCAGCGGCAGCAGCCUCGUCCGCCCUGUUGCGCUUCCGCUGUGGUCCGGCUGGUCCGCUAACGCUGGAUGUAACCACGACGACCGGUGGCCAGUUUACGGUCGAUAUCAACAGCGAGCAAACGGUCGAGCAUCUGAAGAAGAUGAUCUCGAAAAAGCUAAAGGUAUCGAAGGAUCGCAUCUGUUUGCUGCACAGAGAAAGAGAGCUGCAUGACGGGACGUUGCGCGAGAAUGGGCUCGUCGAUGGUUCGAAGCUGAUUUUGACGCCAAACGUAGAAACGGGAUUGUUGGCCCAACGAGCGGAGAAUACCGUGAUGCAGGCGCUCGAGUCGCUGAACGACAGCCAAGUGAACGAUUUCCUGAGCGGCAAAAGCCCACUGAACUUGAGCGUACGGCUCGGCGACCACAUGAUGUUGAUCCAGCUGCAGCUGAGCACUAUGAAUCCGUCGGCAUCCGCUGCGCCAACCGCGAUGGCCGCCAGCAACGCCAGUUCAACGGCAAUCGCCACCGGGCGCACCGGGCGAUCGGCUGCUUCCCCUUCCACUGUUGCCUCCAGUUCUUCCGCUUCUUCCUCACCAUCGGCGCAUCUUUUGCACCGCCACCAUAAUCCGCACCACAUCCAUCUCCACCACCAUCACCACCACCACCACCAUCACCAAAAAACAGCAUCUGCAACGAUUUGCUCGAACGUUAGUUCGGCAUCCAAAGCAGCCACUUUGAGCUCACCGAUCACCGGUGGCGAUGCACCGUUACCGGCCGGUUCGUCCUGUUCCGGCGUCCGGAAUGUUCAGCUCGCUCGAAGGCACGGGACCGACGAUGGCAAGGGGCAACCACCGUUGAAGCGACAAACGAUCUCGCCACACGGGGCAGAGGAACGGCCCCAGCGAACACCAGCCCCUAGACGGACGGCGGUUGUGACGAACGGUGACGAUUCCUCGCCAUCGGUGACGCCGGAAUCGGAAGCGCUGGUACAGUCACCGAUUAAAUCGCUCUCCAAUCUGGUCUCCUCCCGGACGAUGCCCAUCCAGGAGGAACGGGAAACUGGGGCGACGGCGUACGGUAGCGAAAUGCAAACGAGCUGCUCCGAUCCGAUCACCGCCAACCUAACGUCAUGCCUGUGUCGCCGAUUAUCAAAUGGUGGUGAUGGUGGUGCGGAUGGUACCGGUACGGUGCCCUGCACUACCGAACAACAGCUGGGCAGACAAGAGGUGCCGGAGGUGGCAGAGACAAAGUCCUCGGUGCUACUCCACCGAACCGCACACAAUGCGAUCGCGAAGCACAAGGCAAAGGUUCACGGUUUGCGAAAAGCAUCCACCACGCAUCCCCACGGCAGCCAGCGAACAAUACCGGGGGGCGGUGCAAGUGUAAGCCAACCGUCCCCGGCCAGUCCCAGGCGCCCGCCACCGCAGUCCCCGGUGUUUACGACGCCAACUCUCGUGGAAGCCGUCCGGCGGUCACUGUUCUCGCUCAAUGGGACCCAGAAUCGCACGCAGGGACCGGAACAAGAGGUAGCAGCUGCCGGUGAACAGUCGGCCGCCCUGGAAAAUCCCGAUCUGGCCGAGGCAUCACGAAAUCUAACGCAAACACUGCGCAAACUAUCGAAGCGAGUGUUCACGGGGAAAGCGAGUGCGCUUUCCCGGGGUGAGUCGAACAGUUCGGUGACCGGGCACGCAACGAUGCCACCACCACCACCACCACCGUCAUCAUCAUCAUCACCGACGGAUUGUUUGGCAAAUGCGUCAAAUGCCGGUACAGCAUCGUCGGAAACGAACGGAGCGUCCAGUUCAUCGCCAGCUUCCUGCAGCUCGCCAGCUGCCUCACCCCUGAACACGAACCCAUCGUUUUGUGGUGCCGGUGCUAGCGUACCACGAGUACCACGGGAACCAGUGCACGUCAACUCUGGUGCCGUGAUCGAAUCGAUGAAACACCAUGGCAAAGGGAUUUACUCUGGCACGUUCUCGGGAACGCUCAAUCCCGCCCUGCAGGACAAGUACGGACGCCCGAAACGGGACAUCUCUACGAUCAUUCACAUUCUGAACGAUUUGCUGAGUGCGGCACCGCAGUGUGGUGCCGGCAGCACGCAGCACUCGACCGAAUCGUCGGUUACGCGCGGCACAAAACUCUAUUUCGAUCCGGCCCCCGGAAAGGGGAACGGUAAAGGUGGAACGGGUGCGCCAGGGAGCGGUAGCAGUAGCAGCAGCAGCGGUAGUAAAAGCAGUAGCAGCAGUGCCAGUGGGAGAAGCAGUCACCGAAACACUUCGAGUUCGCAUUCGCCUGGCUCGACAAGCUCGUGGUUUGUUUCGAGCCCGCCAGCCCAGGCCCAUCGUCAGUCCACGAAACACAUCGCCCCGAGCGGCCAGCGAAAGUACACGGUAGGUAAUGGCGUUGCCGGCACGACUAACGAGGGUAACAGUUCACCGGGCAGCUGUACGGGCUGUAGCAAAGUGGCGGAUGUUGUGCGGGCCCGCAAUAACGGGCUUGUAGCGGUCGACAGUCGUUCUGCUACGGCUAGGGCCACUAGCGGUGGUGCUGGAGGGUUAUUUAUUCAACGAACGGGCCCUCCCUCCCCGAAGCUAGCUACGGUGGGAAAUGGUUCACUGGUAACGGUCGGAUCGGUAGCAACAACGGGCAGCACCGGGUGCCAGUGUGUUACCCCGCUGGUCGAGGGAUCACUACAACCAAAACAACAACAACAACAACAACAGCAGUGCCGUCACUGUAAGUGCAAAGCGAUCGAGCUGGAACACUCGCAGAUGAAAGUGAAGCUAGACAACCUUCGGUUGAUCAUGCAACAGAAGAAGGAACGGCGUGAAACGCGCAAACAACUGGCAGCUCCUUACGGUGUCACCGGGAACGGCGUUAGUGCGCCACACCCGGGUACGGUUGGCAGCCAAACGGGGAAUGCUACCAGCGAGAAACUGCGCACCGGCCUUACUAGUACUGUCCGGGAAGAGGUGCAACACCUAUCGCACACGAUUGUAAACAAUUCCCGGCUGGAUGUCGAGGAGCUUACGGUGCCGUCACUACCGACUGCCACCGACUGUGCCCCGAUAUCGGUCGAUUCUGCGUCCGCAUCCGCGCUUACCGUUGUUGAGUGUGCGUCACUUUCGUCGUCGGACACGAAUGAAACACGCAAACAGAAGGCAACGGGGCCAGCACCGGGUGACGGGUCCAUUUCGUCCGCACUGUCGUCAUCGGUGAACAGUGCUGCUUCCGAGCCAAGCGGUAGUGGUGCUGGCCUCAUCACUGAUGGGCCAUCCUCCUCCUCUGCCACCUCGUCCUCGUCCGCCACUUCGUCCGCAUCUUCUGCUUCUGCUUCGUCAACGGCACCGGCGGAACAAUCGCAGGGGGGCGCUGCUGCUCAUCUCGUUGAGGAGGUGGAUACUGUCGCGUAAAUAAAUUGAAGCGGUUUUGAAACUCCUAUCCUUCGCUAGGAAUUGACAAAAUCGUGCAGGGAUCGCAGGAGAGCCGGGACAAAAAGCCGAAGUUUUAGUCAAGUUUAACCAGCCAGUGCUCAAAGUGCGCAUUAAUUGUACAUUUAGAAACGCUUUGUCAGAAUUCAAUUGAAAGUAAUUGUGUUUUUGAUCUUGGAUAGGAAUAACGUAAAGGCUAAAGGUUGAUAGGAUCGUCAUACUGUGCUUUAUUAUUAUCAGUUCAAAUCGCUCAGGACAACUGUAAAUGAAACUGCUACAGUUCACCCUAGUCCACAGUGUAAACCUUAAAGGGGGGCUUCGGUGUUUCGGUCUUUUGUGAUACAUAUUUUUUUAACAUUUUCCCUAAAUACUGAUCCGUUCAAGUAUAUUGUGUAAUUUUUUUGCAUCAAUCGAUGCAAAACUGACCACGGUACUGAUUUUUGAAAAGUCGCGCGCCUCAUGCAUUCACAGACACGCGCUCCUAAAGUUGAUGCCAGGGGCGUUAGUUCUUAAAAUAUUUACUCCAAAUUACGUCCCAAUUUUCUUUCAAAGUUGUAGAUUAUUAUGGCAUUUACAGAAAUAUACACAGGUCGAUACUUUGUUUAAAACAAAUCAGCUAACAUGAGCCGUUUUUCGGUGCGAUUCAAAAGACUCAAAGCGACGAACCCGGUUUGACAAAUCUUUCACCGUUUGCAAAGUCGGUACCCAUCGUAGCAUAGAAAGUACUGGGCCGAUCGAUUUGAAAUUUUGUACACACAAUCUGUACACUAUUCGCCAGGUAGCCCCUUUUAAAUUUCAUAAAAAUUGUGGAUACUUUUUUCAAAAUAAUUAAGUAAAAGUCGUUUUUUUGGCAAAAUCGUAAAAAGCACCACUAUUUCAUUUUCAAAAACCUGCCAAAAAUCGAAAAGUUAGUUAUUCAACAAAACCUUAAUGGGGAUAACUGGAACUUAAACUUAUAAUCUUCCAAACGAGUAUCGAUUUGUAUGUUUUUGAUGACCCAUCACGUAGAUACGAUGGGCACCGGGAAAAGUAUCUUUUCGAAGACACGGCUUCCUAAAUGUGAUGCCAUGGAUCAAGUUUGUAAUGAAUCCUCCCCAAAAUAGAGCCAAAUAUUCUUCAAAAGUUGUAGUUUAAUAUACCAUUCACUUGGAAAAAAUAUGUUGAAUAGUUGCGUCACAAAAAAACGUCAAAAAUGAUAAAUUUUUUGGUCCGAGAAUUUACCGAAGCCCCCCUUUAAUCCGCAGUCACCGGACUGGCUAGACUCGUAUGCUUUUACAUGGCAUUUAGUGCUGCAUUUGCGCUCAUUUGGACUUUGUAUACAUACAUUUGCUUAUGGUUUCCCCUUUUUUAUUUCGAUUUGGGAUAUGUUGAGCUAUCGGUGUGACGCAAAACAUUCCCUAAAGGAAUUCGAAUCACAAAGAAACCGUAUUUUCCAUUCGUUCAUUUUUGUUCCCCUUAUUUUGGGUGUUAUCGAUGUUGUUUCAACAAAAGAAUUGAAACUUCAAUAGAAUGUUUGAAUAAAUAUAAUAUGAACUUUCUUAUGAGUUCAAAGAAGAGCAGAAUAAGUAUCAAUAAUUGACUUUUGCAUGGCAGUCGUAAAUGAAAUGGGUCUGGCCAGACCCGGGUCUGCGGAUGAGGGUUAACACCGUUAUGUGCAAUCUGCAACAGACGCGAGGUUAUUUGGUUUUUUUUAAACAUAUAAUCGGGCUGGGGAGAAAGUAUUCCAUUAUUUUGUUUGCAGUUGCUUGCGUGUUGCUAUGCGUUGUCGUGAUGGAACACGAUACCGCUUAUGUUGACCGAUUCUGGCAAUUUCUGGUCAAUCGCUAGCGCUUCGAACGACCCAGAUGUUUAGAGCAAGGAUAUUAAAUUAGUGUUUGAAUGUACGAAAGAAAACAGCUCAUUAAUUUUAUUUGGGGAACUUGAAACCACCAAAUACACUGUAGAAACCUUUUUCGAGGUUUAGUCACCAUAUGAGCCGUUUUAAAACGCUUUAAUAAGCACGAUCUUUUGGCACGUGAUGCUAACAUGUCAUCCCUUGCUCAUCAACAAUCACAAUUUGUUUCGAAUACGGUUCGAUUUCAUUCCGUUUCAUUUUGCAGAUGGAAAUUCGAUCCAUCAUGCUUUUCGUCGUCAAUCGAUCUUUAGCUCUGACUACUAACAUGCUCGUCAACUCCCACUCUUUAUUUAUGAUUUUAUCGCCAGAAAAGGAAACGGAGUCGCAAGAUUUUUUUUUAAAUAAGUGUAUGCGUGAGGUUAUGCGUUUGGUAUCGGGAGAGCGCAGCUGGGGGUAUCUACCUUUUCGAUAACUUAGAAUAAAACAAGUACAACUUUCUGUGUGUAGUUAUGGAAUGAGAAUUGCGCGAAUGCUUCUUCGCACGGUAGAGCGACGGAAGUGUAAUGAUACUGGAUAAAAUUUUAUAUUAGAAACUACGGAAUGACAAAAAAAGGAAAAGAAGUAAACAAAAAAACCCGUGUGAAAAGCAUAAAGUAGUUCUAAUGAUGAUAAAACAAAGAAAACGAAGAUGGUAGCAUACCAGAAUAUAAUUUGAGGCAGAAGUAAAGUAAUGCAAUACUCUUUUAGGAAACAAGUUCGAUGUACAGGAGUUGUCACGCUUAUGAUUGCUUCAGAGAAUAAUUGAGGAACAUUUUCGAGCCGCUUUGUUGCUGACCUUUGUUGUUCUGUUAUGUUUAUGAUUUGGUAAAAAAUGAUAUUUAAGAAAUGUCCCAAGCGCGCCCAUUCGAGCCUUAUACACUCUGACAACUUUCUAUAGCCACACCCACAAUUGUCCUGUAUCAUCAAACCCUUUUUAUUAAUUCAACUUCUGGUUUUAGGACAUUUUUAAGUAGUCAAAAAUAUGUCGCGGAACAACAAGAAUAAAACGCAAACAGAAGGAUCUGCAAAAGGGCGCAACAGUGCAACAAAGGCCGCAAAAGAACAAUUAUCACAAUUCGAAUCGAAAACAAAUGAUUCACUUAAAUUUAACUUGAAUGCUUCCGCAGAAUCGUCUGGAAUUAGGCAAACUCAACGUGGCUUGUCAGGAGGUUCAGCACGAUCGUGCAUUGUUAAGUUUUACAGCAAAAUUUGCCACAUACAGGCUUAUUUGGUACGUGCGGCUAUAGAAUGUUAGUGCAUAAAUCGCACAUGAUCGAAAAGAAGCCGAAACUCGCAGUACAUCCAAUCAACUGAACGGUUUAAUUCAUGUUUUUCCCUACCUAAUAAUGUCCCAAAAGCAGAAGUUAAAUUAUUGAAACGGUUUUAAAUGGGACAUGAAAAUUGGGUGGGUGCGGCUAUAGAAAGUUAUUAGUUUGUAUUUUAUAUUCAUCAUACUUUUUCUUAGCAUUCUCCUUUUGUACAAAGGCUCAAAGAAACAAUAAUAAUUUUGUAAAUUUCUACGAGGGUGAAUCAAACAUAAGCUAGAUCUUUUGCCCUACUAUAGCGGAGAGAAAAUGGUUGUUAACCAUUGCGAUAGGUUGUCAGGAGUGGGAAAAGCGCGCUGGAUCGCCCCCAACGAUUCUCUCAGUGUCCACCGUAACGAUGUAGAAGCAGGUAGAAGGUAUCUUCGUCAAUUACGAAACGUAAUCAAGCUUUGCGCCGCGCUAGAAUGCGUAAAACCAACCGGAACCUUGAGGAGAAAGCCUGCCCAGUUCUGGGAGGAGACACUGUUGCAAGCCAGAGUGUUUGCAUGGCUUAAGCAUUUCGGUAGCAGGUCGUAAUCGUGUUGAAAAGGAGAGCCAUAACCGUAGACUCAUCAGCUCUGUUCGAUGGCUUGUUUAUAAGAGCGCAGGACAAUUAAUGUGGCCUAUUUUUUUCGCAAUCUUUUGAGUGAGGACCAACUUGCAUAUCGCCGCUAAAAAAAGGCAACCCAUCGGUAAGGGAAGUCACAAAGUAGAAUGAAACUAGUAUUUUUUUUUAUUAUCCCUCGUGCGUAGGCAAGUGCUCCAUACUGGCAAGAUUUGAAAUAGCAGUCGUAGGUUUUAUCCUUUUUGUUUUUUGUUAUUUUACACGCAUAGUGAAAAUCCAUGCUACGAACAAACACCACAGAGACAAAGACACCAGGGCCCACUAAACCAUUCGCUAUGUUCCAUUUAGCUUACUUUCGCGGCUUUCCUCUUUCGAGAUUCGACACACAAGUUGGGAUUAGGAGAGGCAGUGCCAAGGCCCUUGCACCAACAAACAACCAUUUAAAACGACUGCUUUGGAAUGAUGAUCAAAACCACCCAAUUCAGCAUUCCUAAUCCCAAAGUAAGACAUUAGUAUGCAUCUAAAGAGCAGCUUUGGCCCGGGGCGGGUUGCUGCGAAACGCUGAAAGUCAUCUUGGGAAGAAUAUUCUCCCUACCCUCAAUCAAUCCUGGGUCAGUGCAACACGACGCGCACGACUCCCACGCAACAGUUGAUCCUGUAGUGAUAUAUCAGUAAUAAUUUAAUCAAACGAUGGAGUGUCCCAGUGUCGUGGCGUGUAAAUAGUUGUCUAUAUUUGGUCAUUGUAUCGAUUAGUACAGAAAUAGAGAGGGAAGCAGAGAUACACUUGUGAACUAGUGAAAUUAAAUUAAAUAAAGUAUCGAUAGUAACCCUAGCAAAAACGAACCGGCACUGUUUUCUCACAGGUGAAAUGGAUAACUGGUCGAUUUGCAACGGUAUAUGCGUAAUGUAAAACAAUAAACAGCAAUAAAGGAGGUAUGGAUGAAUUGAAAAUGAAACGAUUGUUGUCUGCAAUCUGAGUUUCUUUGGCAAUCUACUGGCUCAAAAAUGGUUAGAAUUUAGUCCUAUGAUUUCCUAAUUUUUCGCUCAUUUUAUUGAGAAAACGGUCGGAGUGCAAACAUUCAUGUAGUUUUUCAGUAA